ACCACGAGUCAGAAAUUCCCCAACAGGUGAUGUGUUACGUAUAGGGUCGGCCCUUCCCUGCACGGUACAGGUGUCAACAGUGAUCAUUCAUUUGCUAUUGUUGUUCUAUUGACUGACGCUAGUGUGUGUGUCCGCGGCAGACGAGUCAUUAUGGGACCAGUGGUGAUAAGGACUGAAGAAUCAAGGUGUCGUCAUGUGACUUAUGUGAUUACAUAAACGUUUACAGAUUUACUUUUCAUUUGACAGUGUUGUGUGUGCGUUCCCAGAACAGUCUUCGACGGCAAUGUUGUAAUAUUAGAAAAUAAUAGUGUUUGUUUACGUGACUCGUGUGAUUAACGAAAAUAAGACAUAUUAACCUACAUAGUGUAUACGGUAACAGAAGUGUGAGUGGAGCUUCACGGAGCCUCGCAAGACACCUGGGUUAUAUCCUUGAAGAAUGACAGUGAUCUCGCGUGUCUUACAAGUAAACAAUUAUUAAUUCACAUAUGACAUUACAUAUACUCAAGUGAGGAGAGAAAGAGGUGGAGAGGGUUCAGAGAUCAGUGAGUAAGGCUCCCGACGGUACAGUAAUCCUCUAUGAAACAAUGUUGCUCAGUUUCACUAUCGUCCAGGUCUCAGAUAAAGAAGAAACAACACCAUACAUGAUAUUUGACCUGAGUGAUAUUAUUUAUGACGAAAAAAAAACAUCUGAGUGUUAAACCAGUACGUGAGCUUGAAUGCAAACAACAGUGAUUUGUUCCUCAAUAAUAAGCGCAACUCAUUGUGGAUAUAAUGUUGUACAAGACUAAAUAUGAGUAUACUGUACCUACUUUUGGAUGUAAAUAAAUACAAGCAUCUUAUGUGUUACACAGCUGUGCCCAACAGUGGAGGAAGUGCGUCACUAGCUAUCCUUGGGAGGAGAUAGACACAAACACUUUCUGCCCCCUUCCUCGUUAAUACAGUGUAACACAAUGGACGAACAUUUUGUGAAUCCUUGACAACCAAACCGAAACUGCUGUCCAUUGUGGUUCAUUACCAAACACAUUAGACCCAGGUGGGCAGAUAGUUUUGUGUGUGUGCACAAGAACCUUGCUAGUUACAAGAGGAGCAUGGAGGAGACACUGCAGCAAGAUCUGGCAUCACCUGCGGCGGCCGUGGGGUUGUAUGAUCGGUGUGGUGUGUCAGUUCGUGUUGCUCCCAGCUGUGGGUUUUGGUCUCUGUAUCAUCUUCCAGCUACCACCCUACCAGGCCUUAGGCGUCCUCAUCCUCACCUGUAGUCCAGGAGGAGCCUUCUCAAACUUCUUCACCUACUGGGUGGAUGGCGACCUCGCCCUCAGCAUCAUAAUGACGGCGACGUCGUCGGUGCUAGCGUUUGGGAUGAUGCCCUUCAACUUAUGGGCGUACUCGAAGCGGUGGACGGACCAGGAGAUGCAGGUCCCCUACCUCAACAUCCUCCUCAGCCUCAUCUUCGUUACCAUCCCCGUCAUCAUAGGCAUGCUCGUCAGGCACUACACGCGCAAGUGGGCCGUCUACAUCUCUAAGGUUUUCGGGCUGGUGGGGUGGAUGGGAGCCUUCGCCUGUGAGGUGAUGCUGAUGCUCAGGUACUGGGACUCCCUCGUCGCCACCUCCGUCAACCUCUUCAUCACCGCCGCCCUCGUCCCGCUUGUCGGGGUUGUGGUCGCUUACAUCCUGACCAAGAUUGUCUGCUUCAGCCAUAAGGUGUGUCGGACAGUGGCCAUUGAAACAGGGUGUCAGAAUAUGGCCGUCGCCAGCAACAUCAUGCUCCUCUCCUUCAGCGACUCUCAGAUACGGGGACAGAUGGUGAUCUUCCCGGUGGUGUACGGAGUAUGCCAGAUGGUGGAGGUGGUGGUGGUGACGGGAGUGUUCCAGGCUUGGGUCUUCCUCCACCGCGAUGACGUUACCGAGGAGAUGGUCAUGUCCGUCGUCGACACCUCCAUCCUGACCAGCGUCCCCGUCCCCGCCCACAAGCUUUCCAAGUCUAGAAUUGAAAGAAUGACGGGGCAUGUGGAGACACCUGACCUCUGUCGAGACCAAGAACAGGCAGCCCUCUGGAGUCACACCUUUGCACACAGCUGCGACCAAGGCCCUAACAACACCCAGAGGAAUGGAGUGUUUUCCUCCAUCCAUCCAUCACUAACAGCUGACGAAGUGGACGACCCUCCUUCAUCCUGGACAAGGACGGGUCACUCGCCACCACCUUCUCCUCACCACAGGAUCCCGCCAAACAGUCCCACCGCUCUUUGUGAUUCACCUACUUACAGAUCACAUAAUUUUGAUGACCUUGGUUUUGCGUUGCACAGCUUGAGUCACAAAUCUCACAGUCCAAAUUGCGAGGACUUCCCACACAGUCCAUACGACGAGUCGUCUUCAAAUUUUGACUUUGAACUCUACCCAGAAGACAUCCUGGAGUCCACCUACAACUACGACUCUGACUCCCCGCGUAGCCCGACACUCAGUAACAAGGGCGUUCCUAACAUGUUCCCCGUGACAGAGAGCGACUUUCCCUCCGACAAAGAAGAUUCACCUUUGCCUUACGGGAGUCCCAUCCCAUGCAACCGGGGAACGUUCCACAACUCUGUUGUGGCUCAGAGGACAGACGACGACGAAUGUAGUGGCCGUGACACCCCGGGGGUACACAGCUCUAACGAGACCUCGAGGUUCCUUAACCUUGAAAGCCCCUCGCCCACCUCCCCUACCAGCCCGUCCCAAGCUGGGUUGUCCCGCACAUUUGGAUUUUAUCACGAUGACGUCCGCCUGGGACAGACUCAACAGUUCGGCACUUUUGGUAGAAAAAAGAAUGUUUGAGUACCGGUACGUGUAUAGCUUACAUUUUACAUUUACUGCUUCAACCCGUAUCUGUAGUGUCGAUAUUAUUCAUGAAAGUACAUAUGUAUUGUACUGUACUGUCCUGUACUGUACAAUCAACACUGUAUCAUCAUAUAAAGUUUUCUUAAAUCCAA